UGAAAUAGCGAUUUAGUAUUAACUAACUGUCAUGUGCUCGAAUUUCAGAUUGGCCUAUUUCAAUCCAUAACUUUGUAUAAACAUUUUCUAGCUUAGAAUUUUCGAUGACUCGUCUUAUGUUUUACACUAUGGACAGUGUCAGCCAUUUUUAAAUUUUCUACCACAACGAACUCUUAAGUUUAGACUGUUAAGCAUCUAGAUCAGUUAAAAUAUUUAUGUAAGAUACCUAACGCAAUCAAAACAACAGUGAGAUUGAUUUUCCUCUGCCAUAAAAAAUAUUUCUAUUCUGGAUAACCAACAUAUUUGAUACAAAUAAUACCAUUUAAAUAUAAUCAUGAAAUAGAUAAUUCACUCAAGACAACUUACUGGCAAGUCAUGCAACGUGGAAUGAAUUUGCAAUAAACUGAAAAUAAGAAUAUAAUAAUUUAAUUUUUGACAUUUACAUAAAUCCCGUGGAAGCGGAAUUCUAUCUAAAUGAACAUGAUGCCAACUUGCAAGGGGUGGGCUUUCAAGGUAUAUUAAGAAGCCCUUGGCGGCAUACUGACAUUAUCUUUAGAUUGUUUUGCCAAGCCCUGUAAAUACAGGGAUUUUGGAGUAGAUAGAAACAACACAAAUUGUCGAAGAACCUUAAUUUUAUAUCAAAAUUUAGUGAAAAAGAUUUGCUAUAUUUUUGAAUAAUAGAAUGACUUCGUGAUGGCCUCCUCAACAAUUGAACAAAGUAUUAAAUAUUGUAAUCUGAAAAAAUCAUGAAAUACCUUUAGUAUUUGUUCUGGGUUAACAUACACCACAAAACAGACGUAAGAAAGUUCUCAUUUCAAAUUCAAGAUGACUUAAUCAUUUUACUAAAUCAUUUUUACUAAAUUCACACAAAAGAUUUCAGGUGAUAUAUUUUGGAUACAAAUCUGUUACAGAUUGCCUGAGAUAUGAUUACAUAUAGAGCACAAUUCCGUAAACAACAACUGUAAUUUGGUCUAGAUUCUAAAAGUCAUAAAAAAUCAAAUCUAAGCAACAGUGAGCCAUCACGUGAGUUUCUUAACUUAUCGCGAAUUGGACUUUGACUGGAUCACUGAGAUUGUGCCAUUUUAGAGUAACGAGAGUUUUAAAGGGAGGAAAGUGUCAUAACGGAAGAUUUUGGUCACAUGUUGUAUACAGUAGUAGCUUGGCAUCAUAAAACAAACCGUUGCUAUAACAAAUGAAAUGGGUUUCAAACAUUUUAGUUGAACUCCAGCGCCUGCUAGCUGCGUUUUUUGAAUUCCAAGCACGAGAUUACAAGAGGUGACGUGUGAGGCAACGACGCGAAAGCACUUGCGUACGAGGUAGCGACGUAAAGACACGCGCAUGUGCGGUAAAGACACAAAGGCAGUCGCGUAUGAGCUGGCCACGCAAAGGCACUCACGUAUAGGGUAACGACGCAGAGGCACUUGUGUAUGAAGUUACGACGCAAAGGUAUUCGCGUAUGCGACGCAAAGGUAUGAGGUAACGACGCAACGGAACUCGCGUAUGAGGAAGCGACGUGGAUGCAGUCGCGUAUUUGACGGAAAGGUGUGAGGUAACGACACAACGGCACUCGCGUAUGAGGUAGCGACGUGAAGGCAGUCGUGUAUGAGGUAACGACGCAAAGGCAUUCGCGGAUGCGGUAACGACGCAAAGGCACCCCAAACUUCACAAAAGCGAAGGUUUAGAUUGUGGGUACAAUUCUUGCUAGAGAGUCGCGCCGAUCAAAUCGUUUGAAUGCUACUGGCAGGCCCAUGUGGUUCCCCAUGCAAGAUUUAUAGCAAAAAGGUUCCGUAGAAAGAAAAAUAAGUCGGUUCUUCUAAAGAAGCAUCUUAUUAGCAGAAAAAAGGAGGACACCGUAUUAAGCUUGAAGAUUUGAAUAAAGCGGGACUUAGUCAAGCGAAAAUCAGGUAAACAUCAACAAUAUUGGGUGGAUAUCUUAUUGGAUAUCCUUUAUCUUCCUUCAUCAGAGUCAGUUUGAAAGGAAUUUCGUAAUUCUCAAAAAAGAAAGUCAGUUUUGUUAUGUCGAAUGGUCUCUUGGUCCAUAUUUGAAAUGGAAUACAGCACAUAAAUAUUUGAACAUCUGCUAAAGAACGAGAUAACAAAUUAUACGAUAUAAUAAAAGAGACUUAUCAAUGUGAUGUAGAAAGCCACACAACGAAGGUGUCAUGCAUGUUGUUGAAUUGCGACGCUCAAGAAUCGUCGUCGUUGAAAAAACGCAGGGAGAACUGACAGGUCGAAUUAAUAUUUCAUGAAUUCAUUAUUUCAUGUUUCAUUUAAAACAGGUUCGUGGAUUUAUUCCUUCAAUUCAUGUCAGCUGAAAGUGCCUGAUGACAAUUGUGCUCUGACAGAUUUUAAUUCUAUGUUUUUAUCGAUAAAGGCAAGUCUGUUCCUUUGAACAUUAACGAUUGCGGAACGAGCUUAGUGGACUUUCGAUAGCUUCCAAAAGCAAUCGGAGUACAAGUUUUAGUCUUUAAUAACCAACGCGAGCUUUUGGUGGCUUUAGAAACGAGCAGCGUAGCAAAGAAAAAUGAAAUUCAAAGUCAUUCCUUGUACGAAGGACGUCGAAAUGAUGAAAAGAGAAACAAGCAAAGAAAGAGAUGACACAGAACAAGCAAAAUCGAGAAUGCCAGUUGAUGUUAAGUUUUCAGCCAAACCCCAUAUACUCUUCAAAGAGCAGUUUUAUGAGUACCUUAACUCGGCCACUACACACGGCCUAAACAAGAUCGCAAACGCACCAAACACUUUAGCAAGGUUGCUUUGGUCAAUAAUUGUCGCAUGCAUGUUCUUUUAUUUAAUAUACGCGGUGUACAAACUGCAUCUAAAGCUCAAAAGAGACGAAGUUAAGGUAAGUGUGCGAACAAACGUAGUGAAUUCUCUUCAACUCCCUGGGAUUACAGUUUGCGACGCGGGGCCUAUUCGGAUGCUUUUUCCAGCAGAAGCAGACAAAAACACAACAGUAUCAAAUAAGACAGCGAAAACCCCACUUGAAGCCAGCAAUGAACACCAUCGCCGUAUGCUAGCAACGAAAGAUCAAAGCAACUACAGUAACCACAGCCACGCGGAUGCAAAUCGCUUCGUUUUGAAGCGAGAAAGUGGAGAAAUGCCACUGUGCCACGUAUCGGGCGAUCUUUGCUCCUACCACAAACACUUGAAACAUUUUGUGACAAUCCAUAAAGGCCAUUGCUUUACGUUUAAUCAUGAUGGAAAGGCUAGGCAAGUAUUAAAGGGGUCUGACAUGGGAAUCUUUACAGUUUUCCAUCUUGAAAAAAAACGUAAUUACACAUCAAGUACCUCUACAACAUCACUGCAUGGCGUUGAAAUAUUUAUACAUGAGCCGAAAGAAAAGAAUCCCACACAUUAUGGAGGUCUACUUGCUGUGCCAGGACGCCUCACACGGAUAAAACUAAAGAAGACCAUUCACGAGAGACUUCCUGCACCUUAUCCUGACAAAUGCCGAGACGAAGGCGACCUUAGCUUGCACGAGUGCCAGAUUAACUGCAUCGCAAAAAACCAGUACACGAAAUGUAAUGCUGUGUCGCUGCUGCUACAGAUUUAUUUACACGAUAUCACGAAACAAGAGUGGAAUAAUGGUUCAACCAUUCGCCAGCCUAUGACAACUGCCGAACACGAAUGCGUGGAAGGCGUCACUGAUUCGUAUGCAGAUGGCGAUAUAACAUGUGACUGUUUUCUUCCUUGUCAUGAGAUCGUUUAUGAUACAUCUGUGUCCUCAAGUAAAUGGCCAUUAAGUGAAAUCACUGACGAGAUACUGCUUCUAAUUAAAUCGAAACUUGGCAUCGUGGUUGAAAAAGAAAACGUCGACCAACAACUUGUUGCAAUCCAAGUUUACUACGGAGAUCUGCGCUACGAAGAAAUAAAACAGCACCCGGCGUACUCUUUGGAAGAAUUCUCUUAUGACCUCGGUGGUCUUUUGGGACUUGUGAUUGGGGCAUCUGUAUUUUCAGGCAUCGAAAUGGUGAUGUUCGUACUUUACGCUAUACAAAGUCUAUUAAAGAAUAUUGUAAAAAGGGGAAGUGUGUCUUAAUAAUGAGAGUAGUAACCAAUAUAUAAAAACGAUCUUCAUGUAGGCUAGUGGGAUAAACUGAUGUAAUAAAAUAUAUAUUAUUUGCUUUUCUUACUAGAUAUGAACAUUUUUGGGUGA